CCCGGUUCAGGCAGUAGUGUUUUGUAAGAAAAUGUCGAUUGCCGAGUCAUGGAAUACGUCGUUCCACGCAUGCCGCAAGAAGAAUAAGGACAAUUUACAAGUGGAUACAACAAGAUGAGCAUUAUUGUUAUUUUUGACUUGUAAAAUCUCUUUGCGUUAAACCGGUUAUUUGUUGGGAGCUUCAAUUCACUAAAUUGCUUUCCAGCACCAGCUUGUCUUGAGAACCUCCCAGCCACCAUGGUUGUAGUGCAAAGCUACUGUGAAGCCAGCGCUUCCAUCUCUGAAGCCUGGCUGGAGGGCGGCAUCUCUCCCUGCUUCUACUUCACCCUGGUGCCCACCGUCCUGCUUACCCUCUCCUCCUUCUUUGGCACCUUCCACUGCGUCUGCUACCGCCGCUACGGCACCGAGAUGGAGCCCAAGUUCGUUCCGCGCUCGCGCCUCUAUGGCCUCCAACUGGCAGUCUCCCUGCUCCUCCUGCUGCAGUUCCUGGGGGGGCUGGUUUGGAGGGCGGCCGGAGGAGGGGAGCUCCCUGGCUACGUGGUGCUGUAUGGCCUCCUGUCCAUGCUGGGCUGGGCCUGGGCCGUGGCCCUGCUAAGGCUGGAGAGGAAGAGGGUGCUGGUGAGGGACCGGACUCGUGGCCACAGCACGGUGCUGCUGCUCUUCUGGGCUGUGGCAUUUUCAGCGGAGAACCUGGCCUUCGUCUCCUGGGCCAGCCCCUACUGGUGGUGGGGCCUGGAGAACACACAGCAGCAGGUGGAAUUUUCUCUGUGGUUGAUGCGCUACGUCGGCACGGGCACACUCUUCUUCCUGGGCCUGAAGGCCCCGGGAUUACCACGGAGACCAUACAUGCUCCUGAUCAACGAGGACGAACGUGACGUGGAGGGCGGCACUGGCCAGCUCCUGUUGGAUGGGGCAGAGGAAUCCCAGUCUACCUGGCAGGACUUUGGGCAGAAGGUGCGUCUGCUGGUGCUCUACAUGUGGCCCAGAGGCAGCAUGCUGUUACAGGGCCUGGUGUUCCUCUGCCUGUGCCUGCUGGGUCUGGAGAGGGUCAUCAAUGUCUUUGUGCCCAUCUACUACAAGAACAUUGUGAAUGAGCUGACUGAUGGAAGCAGCUGGAAGACCUUGGCCACCACUGUGUGUGUCUACGUCUUGCUCAAGUUCCUGCAAGGUGGAGGGGCAGGUGCGUCCGGCUUCAUCAGUAACCUGCGCUCCUUCCUGUGGAUCCGCGUGCAGCAGUACACCAACCGGGUGGUGCAGGUGCGUCUGUUCGGCCACUUACACUCACUGUCUCUGCGCUGGCACCUGGGCCGACGCACCGGGGACGUCCUGCGUAGCAUUGACCGCGGCACCUCCUCCAUCAACAGCCUGCUCAGCUAUAUUGUAUUCAGCAUCUUCCCCACCAUCGCAGAUAUUGUUAUCUCCAUCAUCUACUUCAUCACCUACUUCAACGCCUGGUUCGGACUCAUCGUAUUCGUCUGUAUGUUCCUCUACCUCACCCUUACCAUCAUCAUCACGGAAUGGAGGACCAAGUACAGGCGAGACAUGAACACCCAGGACAACAACGCAAAGACCAGGGCGGUGGACUCCCUGCUCAACUUUGAGACGGUGAAGUACUACAACGCAGAGAAUUACGAGGUGAACCGGUUUGAGGACGCUAUUGUGAAGUAUCAGAUCUCAGAAUGGAAGACACAAGCCUCUCUGGCCUUUCUGAACCAGACACAGAACCUGAUCAUCGGUUCAGGCCUACUGGCCGGAUCACUGCUCUGUGCCUACUUUGUCCAGGAGGGCAAGUUUAAGGUUGGAGACUUUGUCCUCUUCGGCACCUACAUCAUCCAGCUCUACACCCCUCUCAACUGGUUUGGAACCUACUACAGAAUGAUCCAGAGCUCCUUUAUCGACAUGGAGAGCAUGUUUAAGCUCUUUACAGAGGAAGAGGAGGUGAAGGAUGCGGUGAACGCAGGGAACCUUCUCUAUAAACUGGGAAAAGUGGAGUUUGAGAAUGUGUACUUUAACUACACUGACGGGAAGGAGAUCCUUAAGGAUGUAUCAUUUACUGUGCAGCCAGGUCAGACUGUUGCAUUGGUUGGCCAGUCAGGGUGUGGUAAGAGCACCAUCCUUCGCCUGCUCUUCCGUUUCUAUGACGUCCAGGGAGGAUGCAUCCGCAUCGAUGGCCAGGACAUCUCUAAGGUGAAGCAGGUGUCUCUGCGUGCCCACAUUGGCGUGGUGCCACAGGACACGGUCCUCUUCAACGACAACAUCCGCAACAAUAUCCGCUACGGACGCAUCUCUGCCAGCGACCACGAAGUGGAGGAGGCGGCUGUCGCCGCGGACAUUCACGAGAAGAUCCAGACGUUCCCAGAAGGAUACGACACCCAGGUGGGCGAGAGGGGUCUGAAGCUGAGCGGGGGGGAGAAGCAGAGGGUGGCUAUCGCCCGCACCAUCCUCAAGGCCCCUCAGAUCAUCCUGCUGGAUGAGGCCACAUCUGCUCUAGACACACAGACGGAGCGCAACAUUCAGGCUUCGCUCACCAAAGUGUGCUCCAAUCGGACCACCAUCGUCGUGGCUCACAGGUUGUCGACCAUCAUCGGUGCCGACCAGAUUCUUGUUCUAAGUGACGGUCAGAUAGCAGAGCGAGGACGGCAUGAUGAGCUGCUGGCUAAGGAAGGGUUGUACUGUGACAUGUGGAUGAAGCAGCAACAGGCACAGGACUCAGACUCAGCCUCUGACACAGAAGCCAAAGACAGGAAGUCUGAGAAACUACAGCCCCCGUCAGUCACUGCAGGCCACAAGAGCCACUGAGGCUAGAGUGAGAGGUCAAGAAUAUGGAGACAGAGGAGGACAAAGAGGGACACAGGGAGAGGAUUAGAUACCUCAAAAGGCUGUUUAGUCUUUUUUAGCGUAUCCGUCCAUCGAGGUUAAUUCUGUUAUGAGUGAAGUUUUAAGCACAUAUUUAUUGGGUAUUUUAAGUUUGAUCAUUCAAUCAAAAUGUUUGUGCCGUGAAUGCCUCAGGCCAGUUGUUUUUAAGUGUAUUCAGGAUCGUGUUCAUUAGGUUAAUUAACAGAAAAUGUUUUAAAACGUUUCGUUUCUAAUUGGACAGGUCCAGGUAGUCCCUCCUUAUUGCAGUCUGUUUUGAUCUGUUUCGUGCGUAAUUAAUAUCCAAUGCAAAAAACAUCUACAUUUAAAUUGAGUCAGAUGCUCGAUAAAGUUCUGGGGAGAGACGUGUCGGAAAAGACACUAGAAUGAGUAGCGGAAGCAGGGCUGUAGCCCCCCACACACACCCACACUUUCUGCAAGUUAUGGGCAAGUUUAGAAGCCAAAUGUUCCUCCCCCUUCCAAAAUUUGAAUGAUGCAAACACCUGCGAAAUCAUGAUUUUUUUCCAAAUGAUCAGUGGCUGUUGUCGCAUCCCAGUCUGUUGAAAAACACUACUAUACCAGUUAUGUUACGUGCGUCUGUCCAUGAGAGAUUGGUGCCUAAUGAACACGACCCAGGAGUCAGUAUAAUCCGUCUUCUUGCUGUUUUAUAGUCGUUUGAUUGCAGCCGUCCAGAGAAGCGGCAGCAAGUCCAAAGUAGACGAAUACCUACCCUUAAGCGCAGGUAUAGGCAGUUUGGCACAGUGUCUCACAACACUUUAAAUUGUUGACUAAUGUUUAGGGGUUGAGAAAUGUAUUUGUUUUAUUUACAGCAUCUAGAGAUCUUAUUGAACAGGUUCAUUGUAAAUUAGAUUUUUAGAGCUACAUCAAUUUUACCUCGAUCAGACUUGGGCAUUGUCAUGUACAGUACAGUCUAGGUGUUGACUGAUACAUGCAAAACUUUUAUUUGUCAUCAAUGGUGAUCAAUAAGAACUACUGAGAACAGAAUCGAUAGAAUUUACAAAAUUAGUAGCGGAAAAGCAAACCUUUAUCUAUGAAUGAACUCAAUCCUCAAGCCUGUCUUUGCUGCUACCUGUUUUGAGUACAGAACUACUGUCAAGUGUAUCUUUAUUUUUAUGUAAAAAAUUAGUCUGUGUUUGAAUUUGUAAAUAUCUAUGCCUUGCAUUCCCAAGGCAGUGUGGUGUUUGUCAAUUUCUGUUGAUAAUAAUCACACUCCAUUUAUUUAUUGUCUAAUUCUGUUUAAGAUUUUUUUUUAAAUGGCCAUAAGGGAAGAUCUAGCCAUUUAGCUGAACUUUAGUUUAUUUGAGAGAGAAUGGGGACUUUAAAUCUAAGUGAAGUCCCUAGGGUUACGGGUUUGCGGUUGAAUCGGGAAUUGGAAACUGUCUGCAUUAAUCAAGGGGAAGUGAAAACGGACAUAGUUACCAUAGAGUGCACAGCAGACUUUACAUCAUGAAACGUUAUUGCAGACUGUGAAAUGCAGACUGUGCAUUUGAACAUUUGUGACUGCAGAAGUAAAAGCAAAGAGCUAAAGUUGUUAUGCUACAAAAUAAUUGCUGCACCACUACAGUAGUCAAUCUGUGUACAAUGUGCGCAAACUGGUGCAGUCAAAUUAUUUACACUAAUGCACCAUGAGUUUGAAAUGUUAUCUGUGACAUGAGUGACAUUGACACCACAGGAGGUUGGUGGCCCCUUCAUUGGGGAGAACGGGCUUGUGGCAAUGGCUGGAGCGGAUAGGUGGAAAUGGUAUCAAAUACAUCAAACUAUUGGUUUCCAUGUGUUUGAUGCCAUUCUAUUUGUGCCUUCCAGAAAUGCAACGUUUUUGUAAAGAUAACUUCAAACUUUUUUGUAUGUGAUUUGUGGGCAUAGUUUGUAGUGUGAUCUCUGCCUUGGUCACUCUUCCAAUGUGUGUGUGGCAUCAGUCCAUGCCUGGAAGUCAAAUACAUGAAUGGUUUGUUUUUUCUUUGUAUACAUGUUAAUAAAUGGUACAAUUAAAGAUGUAUAAUGACAAA